AUGUUUAUGAAUACUGCAAUUAUCCCUCCACUACUCUGCAAGCAAGCAAGCAGGCAGACACGAGGAGUGUUUCCUUGUCACCUCUUCCCCUCCUUCCCUGUCCUCUUAAUCUUCUCCCCGUUCCUUGCAUCGCACUCCACCACUCAUUUCCUCUCAUGCCUGCCUGCCGUUCCCGCGCAAACUCCCCCCUUUAACGGCCGUGUUGCAGCGUUGUGUGUGGCGCGCAGCACCUCCCCUCCGCGCCACCGGGCAGCAGCAGCAGCGUCGCCCGCCUGCCAGCCUAUCACCCGUGGCAGUGCUCUCGGCCUCUUCCUGCGCUCGCUGCUGCUCUCCUUCCACCACCUGCCCUUCCAGGCAGUGUGCAUUGUGCUGGGCGACAUCCACGAAUACCUCCACCACGCGGGCUUCUCUGGCAGCUCUCGCAGCGCAGGCAGCGCAGGCAGCAUGGAUGAGCAGACGGGCAGGCGGGAGAGCACAGGGGAGGCCGCACAAGGGGAGUGGGUGUUAGGGGAGGAGAGGGGGGAUGCAGGGGAGGAAAUGGACGUAGACGUGGGGGUGGGCGUGGGAGUGGAUGGGGGUGCAGGUGUGGGCGUGGAGGGAGGGGAGCCAUGUGUUGCCCCACAGCCUCUGUCCUUCGAUACUGUCACACACCGUAGAAGAACGACCCAUGAAGGUUCGCAUGAGGGCAGCCUGGAAGCAGCAGAAAGGGGGAUGUGGGACGGUGGAGGGGCUGGGGCAGGGGCGGGGGCGAGGGUGGAAGAGGACAGGACAGCAUGGGAGGAGGAGUUUGAGCGGGAGGUGCUGGGGCGAGGGGGGAGAGGGGGAGGGCAGGGGGAUGAUGCUCUGAUGCCUUCUGGGGGGGAUGAUGGGGGCUUGUGGGGGGGAGGAGCUGGGAGAAGGAGCAGUGGAGGGAUGAUGGGGAAGGAGGGGCGGGAGAGUGGACGGGAAAGAGGGGGGCGGAAGCAGAGGGGAGGUGGCGGCAUGCAGAAGCAGUUUCUGCGGGAGGCAGGGCGGCUGGCGGAGUACCUUGAUGGGCGGAUAGAGGAGGCUAGCAGACGAGGGGCAGCAGCAGCGGGCCCAAGGACUGAGCAAGGACAGCAAGGAGAGGACAGCAAGGACAGCAGCCUCCCCUUUCGUCCAUUGUGCACAAUGGAUGAUGCACAUGUGGACGACCAGAGCGCACUGGCUCAUGCACAUGACCUGCCGCCAAAGGUGCAUCUAUGGCAGCAUCACGAGUCGCUCUCCUCGCGCCAUCUCUCCGACUCCCUCUCCUCACUGCACCGCUACUUUGACUACAGUGCGGGCAUGGCAGCGGUGGGCGGGCGGGCAGCAUCGGACUGGUGGGCGGGGCGGUUCCAGGCAGGGCUGCUGGUGGAGGGCGGCAUGCAUGCGCGAUACGGCCAUGUGCAGCACGCCAUGGGGGAGAGUGAUGACGUGUGCUUGGUGCACGCCCUCACAGCCAUCUGCCACCUCCUAUCACAGACUGCCACGUCAGACGCACCCCGCCAGCUGGCAGUGCUGGGAGCCCCCAGCUCGCUGCAGCAGCCAACACUGCUGGAGGGGGGAGUGUGGCGGGGUGGCGGGGUUAGCGGAGGGAAGAAGGGGCGGGUGAGAGGCGAGGGGAUGGUGGGGCGAGGGGAGGGGGCGCAUGGGGGCGUGGAUGGGGAGGGGGGAGGGGGGGCGGCAGUGGCGGGCGGCGUGCAGCAGCAGGUGUGUGCGCUGCUGCAGCGCUGCCUGGUGCGUGCCGCCCAGCUGAGACUGCCGCGCCUCGUCUUUUCCAUCCAGCUGCUGCUCACGCGCUACAGUGUCGAGCACGUAACGGACGGAAGAGCACUCCACGCCACCACCUCCCUCUCUCUUCCUCCCUCCGACGUCAACCCGUCCCCUCUCCUUGUCUGCCAACACCUGCGUCUGGGCGCCCAUCUAUUCAACGAUGCCUGCACCUCUGCCAUCCUCCUACCCUCUGCGCUCUCCCCCCUCGCCUUCCCCCCUUCCGCGCCUCUCUCUCUCCCCUCCCUUCACCUAGCCUCCGCUUCUUCCUCCUCCGCAGUGGCAGCAGCAGCAGCAGCAGCCGCUCUCAACCUCUCCUCCAGCCUAGCCCUCUCAGCGCCUCUCUCCUCCGCCUCCACCGCCGCGGCUCUCUUCAGCUCCGGCCAGACCUUCGCCGGACCACAGCCUGCAGUCACCCUCACCCUUGAUUUCUAUCCCCUUGUCCUCUGGACCCCUCCUCCUCCCCCUCCCCACCCACCUUUCUUCCCACCAGCGGCCCUGCCUCUCCUGCGGCGCCUGCAGCAGCAUCCGCUGCUCUCCUCCUCGCCCACCCUCCGCAUUGCUGAGCUGGAGCUGACUCACGACCUCUGCCUUGCCACUGGCCGUACAUCCCAAGCACUGCACAUGUGCCAGCAGCGAGCAGCCAUUGCCACACGCCACGGCCUCUCACAUGGGGAUGAGCAGGGCGGGGGGCAGGGGGGCACGGAGGUGGAUUUGGAGUUGGAGGCAGCAUGCCAACACGUGCACACCCUCAUUGCUGCCUCGCGCUUUCCCCAGGCGGCAUCAGCAGCCAAGGCACUGUUCACAGCGUGCUGUCGCCACAAUCGCCAGCUGUACCACGCGCGCUGCCUGCUGCUCAUGGCGGAGCUGCACCUGACACCUGAGAUCGUGAGGCGCCUGGCUGCUGAUCAGGCACCUGACGCUGCUGACGAUGCUGGGGUGGACGCCUCCCUCCCGCAUCCCCACUCACCCCUUUCCCCCCUCUUUCUCCUCAUCAUUCUCGUUGCCCAUGCCUACCAGAAAGCCGGGUCACCAGCGGCCGCCCUGCCACACGCCCUGGCGUGCGCGUCCCUGGCAGCCCGCCUGCACGCACUGCUGCUGCAAGCUACCGCCACCCUCACUGCCGCUGAGGCCACCCUCGCCCUGGCGCCUGCUGCCUGCGGCUCUGCUGCUGCGGGGGAUGGCGCUGCUGCUGGGGAUGGCGAGAGCAGCAGCGGGCGGGAGUGCGCAUUGCAAGCACUGUGGCUGCUGGAUGGGGUCUGUCUGCCGGUGCUGCUGGGGCAGUCAGGCCUCACCAUGCGCUGUCGCACCCUCAUGCUCAUUGCCCACUGCCACCUCGCCAUGGUUCCCCCAGCUGGUGCGUUCACUGCUUGUUGUCAUUCAUUCUUCUCCUCACGAAUAACGGUGCCAGGCAGUGUGCCUGCAGUGCUGCCGCUGCUGGAGGAAGCAGCCAACGGCUUCCACACCAUGCAGGAGCUUGCCCAAGAGAGGGACGCACGCCACCUGCAGGCAGUGCUGUGCCACGUGGCGGAGCAGCCAGCCCUCCGUGACACUGCCGCCCGCCGCUUCCUGGAAAUUACCAGUGCUCUCAGCGCGAACGCUGCCUGCCAGAGCCCGCUGGAGCUGCUGCUGUGA